ACGGGACCUCUCUGCUCACCUGCCCUGUGGCUGGUUGGGGGGCGGCGGCGAGAGAGCGCCCCCGUCUCCCCGGGAGGUGUCUCGCAGCUGGUGCUUCCCGCAUCCCGCAUCCUUCGCCGCCCUCCCUCCCCUCCCCUCCCCGCGGUGGUGCUGCAGCCUCUGGGCGCUGCGUGCGUGUAAGGGCAGCGCCGGGUCCAGACUCGGAGGGCGGGGAGAGACGGGCCGUCCCAGCCCACCUUGGCAAAGGAUGAGCCGAAAGGGCAACGCUCCGUUGGACCCUGGCUCAGGAGAGGACCAACAUCCCAAGAAAGUGAAGAAGGAAGCAGUAUCAGAGAUCCGUCCAAAAAGGCAGGAAGUUCCGCCUCCUGUCAACACUUUGCUUGGGAAACAUGGAGAGAGUGGAUUCCAUCCCCCUAUACUUGGGCAAAGCCAUGUAAAGCCACAAGAACCUGUCUCCGGAGCAGCCAGGGAAGAGGGCUUGCUGAUGGACCAUCGGGCGGGAUAUGGCUCCAGCACACGUGCCUUUGGGAUUUGCAGAGCCUCGAUGGGAGAGAUGCCCCAUUGGUGCCUGGAAUGUGGGAAGAACUUUGCCCAAAAGGCAGAGUUAGAAAGGCACCAACUGAACCACGCCGGGGAAUGCCUGCAGAUCUGCAGAGACUGUGGAAGGAGCUUUACAGAGCACGUCACUCCCACCACCCUCCAGGGAGCAUGCAUGGCGGGGAAUUCCAACAGCCACCCCGGGUGCAGGAGAAGGGUUUUGCCUCUCUCGAGUGAGACUGUUGUGCAGAGGAAAGAGCGGAAGGAGCUCUCCCUGCAGGAAAAGAUCCAGGUGCUGGAGAUGUUGGAGGGGCCCAAGGUAUCCCAGAGUGAACUCGCCAAAAGGUUUGGAGUCUCCCAGCCCCAGAUCUGCCGCAUCAUCAAGAACAAAGAGCGCAUCCUAGCAGAGUGGUCUAAGAACACCAACCCAGGGUGCAAGCGCAAGCUGGAGGAGACAGCCACAGCCAACAGUGGGUCUCUUCUGCAGUGGUUUGAGCGUAGCUGCAUGUCCAGCAUUCCCACCAAUGGGAUGCAUCUUCAGGACAAGGCUUUUGAGAAGAGGCCAGAGCUGGAGGCCAGCCUGGAUUGGCUGAGUGGCCUCAAAGUGAGGCAGGAUGCAGCCUGUGAACGGCCUCUGGCUGCGAAACAGGACGGUGAGCGGCUGGAAGGGGAACACUGGGAAAGCAUCAUCCUGCCCUACAUCCUCAGCAAGUACGAUCCCCCCGACAUCUAUUCCUGCGGGGAGGCUGGGAUCUUGUUUAGAGCAACCCCGGAAGGUCUGGCUUUGGGGAAGAGAGAAGAAGCUAGGGACCAGCUCACCAUCUUGCUCUGCACCAAUCUGGAUGCUUCAGAUAAAAGGGAUGCCCUGGUUGUUGGCAAGGCGCAAAGGCCGUUGUGCUCCCAAGGGGUCGACGGGCAGGAGCUGCUUCCUGUGACCUACAGAGUGGACAGGAAGGCUUGGAUGACAGCAGCCAUCUUCACUGAGUGGCUCCAGAAAUUCAACGAGGACAUGAAACGCAAACAGAGGAGGGUGGUGCUGUUCUUGGUCCAGUGCAGGGCACAUCCCUACGCCGAGGUCUCUCAUGUUAAGAUGGUUUUUGUGCCUCCGGGUCCUUCUCGACUCCAUCCUCUUGAGCAAGGGGUGGUCCAGAACUUUAAAUGCCAUUACCGGAGGAGGAUGCUUCUCCGCCUCCUUGCUGUGCUCGACAGCAAAGCCUCUGUAUCAGCAAGCAGGCUCUCCAGGCAUCUGACAUUUCUGGAUGCCAUCCACAUGAUAGUCCAAGCCUGGUCUGACAUCUGUCCGCAGACAAUAACGAGCAGCUUUCGAGCUGCGGGCUUUGGCUCGGACCUCCGCAUCCCGGCUCCCCCCGUGGGCCUUGUCCAAGCGCUUGGCUUCAAGGACCAACAGCAAUUUGCGCAGUUUGUACUGGUGGAUGAAGGGCUGGAGUGUUUUGGAGACCAGGAGGGUCCUGAGAUGACCCAAGAGCCAGCCUGUGGGACAGCAGAGGAUGAGGAGAAGGCGGCAGACUGGUCUUUGCUGCCCUGCCCCUCGAAGGCAGAAGUCAUGGAGAGUUUGGCCAAACUGAGGCGCUACUUUGAGUGUCACUCAGUGUUGCCAACUGUCUUCCAGACAUUCUACAAGCUGGAGGACCUGGUCCAUGGGAUGUCUCUGGCCAAUAUGCAAGGGUUAAGGGCAAAGGCCUUGAACAAAGAAUGACCCUGAGCCAUAACAUCAAAGGCAGCUGUUCAAGACUCUUAGGUAUGGUCCUAUGAAUCCACACAGGCAUUUGGGGCACUGAUUCGUUUUUUAAAGAAAUCUGUGCAGCAGCCUUUCCCAGCCUGGUGCUUUGCAGAUGUUCUGGCCCCAGCAAGUGUGACCAACGGCCAGGGAGAGGAGAAUGCUGCUGUAAUCAAGUACGUUUGGAAAGUCAUGCUGGAAUUUAUUUUUUGUUUGUAAUCCUCCACCCAGAAUUGGGAGCAUAGAAGCUGGCUGGGGCUGACGGGAGUUGUGUUCCAAAAUAUCCUGGAGGGCCCCAGAUUGGGGGAGGCUGCUCUAGAUUAAACCAACUUCUGUGAUCUAAUUUCCAAAGGAUAUAAACGUGCAAGCCUCCAGAGUGCCAAUGAAUUGUUAAAAUGUUCAUGCCUCCAUAGAAUUGUGCACUUUAAAAAUAAAAUUAAACAAACCAACUGCAGCACAGUAAUAAUUGCAACUUCAUUAAAGGUGCUACACUAGGAUGCAUUCGGUAUUUCUGUAAUGGGUGUAAAAAGAACAUCUAAAUGUAGAAAGGAAGUUGCAAAAUGUUUUAAAGAGCGAAGACACUGGGGCAUUUCAGAUUAAUGACAUGGACUUCAGUAAUGGUUUACAUAGGAACAUCAGAAGAGCCUGAAGCUGGAUCAGGCCAGUGGCCCAUCUAGUCCAGCAUCCUGCUCUCACAGUGGCCAACCAGGUGCCCAUUAUGGGAUGCCCACAAGCACAACUGUGCUCUCCUCACUUGCGAUUCCCUGGAUGACUGUCUAAUCUUUUAAAGCCAUCCAAGCUGCCUCUUGUGGGAGCGAAUUCCAUAGCUUCACUCUGCACUGCAUGCCAUUCCUUUUGUCCAUCCUGAAUCUUAUCAUAGAAUCAUAGAGUUGGAAGGGGCCUUGUAGGCCAUCGAGUCCAACCCCCUGCUCACAGCAGGAAAUCCACAGCUAGAGCAUCUCCCGCAGAUAGCUGUCCAGCCUCUGCUUGAAGACAUCCAGCGAAGGGGAUCCCACCACCUCCCUAGGCAGUCGGUUCCAUUGCCAAACUGCCCUUACUGUCAAGAAGUUCCUUCUAAUGUCCAAUCUGAAUCUACGCUCCUGCAACUUAAAACCAUUAGACCUAGUCCUACCCUCUGGGGCAGCAGAGAACAAAUCUGUACCCUCCUCUAUGUGACAGCCCUUCAGAUACUUAAAGAGUGCAAUCAUGUCACCCCUCAGCCUUCUCUUCACCAGACUGAACAUGCCAAGUUCCUUCAACCUUUCCUCAUAAGACUUGUUCUCCAUACCGGCUAUCAUCCUUGUCGCCCUCUUCUGAACCCGCUCUAACUUGUCUAUAUCUUUCUUAAAAUCUUCCAACAUUCAGGACAGAUUUGUACAUAUUUAGGUAGUACCACAAAGAGGAAGGGCUUGCCACCCCUACCUUAUGAAUCAAGCAAGACUAGUGGACUUCCAGGAAGGGUGACUUCGCUUGUGCCUGCUUUUGAGACGGGCUCCCGCCUCAAAAGAAGCUUAUUCAGAUAUAAAUCAGUCAGAACAUUUUUUUUUUUGACUGAUGAAAUUUCUCCCGGGCAGGGAGAAACGUAGAGAUCAACCUCAAAAGCCUGUUUUUGUUGGGAGGACUGGAUUUCAUUAAUUUAUGAGAAAAGGUCCAGCCAGCAAUGCCGGACGGACUUCCGAACAAGCUCUAUCUGAUUAAUGCGAUACGUUUAUCUUUUCUUCAAAGAGAAAACGGACUAACAGGCAAGCACCCUUCUUUCCAUUAUUUUUUUUACUUGGUUUAAAUUGUUGCAGCAAAAAGAGAUUUGUCAAAUGAAUCAGCUUUAAAGAACUUCUGGGUGAGCUAUAACUCUUCUCUGUUAUUCACGAAAUUAACAGCUUAUCUCUGUUUCUAUUGCAAAAAGCUGUCCUGGAAGUGCAUUCUAAAGAUAUAAACAGAAGAGGGAUUUCUAUUCCGAGGAACAUUAUAUUGUCUGGGACUAUUCUCUUUUUGGUCUAUUUUAUUUUGACGAAUCUGCUUCUUCACGACGCCACUAACUGUUUUGAUGCUGGGAACUAAAUUUGUUUUGUAUUCUUGAACAUAGAGAGAUAAGGCAGGCUGCUCUGUUUAUACUGUGAUGUCACCAAGCCUGGAAUAUUAACCCAAUUGUUGCUGAAAUAAGAAGUGGUUCUUCUUUAUUUUUGUUUUGUUUUGUUUUGUUUUCGUGGUUUUAAAAAUGGCAAUCAAGAAAGUGGCUGAGAAUCUGGAAGUAAUUAUGUUUCAGAAAAUAAUGGAUGAGAUUGAGAUAACGAAACAAACCCUGCGACAGGGCAGUAAGGAGUUGAAAAUUGAACUGAGCAAAAUGACGCAGGAGCUUAAAGAAAUAGGGGAUCCUGUGAGAGAGGAGAAUGAGAUCAGAGAUGAGAAAAGAAAAAAUAAAGGGAAGAUACAAGCCCUGGAGAUUGGAACAAAUGUGGAAUUGGAAAAAGAUCUGGAGUUUAUGGAUAUUAGAAAUAAAAUCUACUGUUUGGAAUUUAACGUUAUCUCUGAAGAAAUUAAUGAAGAUAUUAGAGAUAAAGUUAUCAAUGGCUUGGAUAAUCUUCUGGACUGGAAUGACGUGAUGGAGCUUGAUAUAGAGAAAAUCUAUGGAAUUAACUGCAGCCAUGUGACAAUGGAAAAACUCUCAAGAGAUGAGCCAGUGUAUUUUGUAAAAAAGAAGAACAGAGAUAUGACUUUACAACAAUAUUUCAGCAACUUAUUCAGAAUUGAUGGCAAGAAAAUAUUUGGGAUAGAGGAAAUUCCCAUCAGACUCUUAUUAUAUGACUAUGGCUAUGACAGCAAGAUUAUUAUGGAAUACUGAUAAUGGAAGAUUGGACACUGAAAUUACUGGACUUAACAGGACUAUUGAAGAUGGAAGAUGGAAUUAAUAGGGAUAAUGGAAUAAUGGCUAUUGAAAUUAUUGGACCUAACAGAUUUUGAUGAGAUGGAUUAAUCGAUAUGUU